AUGGAGGCUAAAGCAUUGCUGCAGGGUAAACUUGAAGGAAUGGACUUAAAUAUAGUUGACUUUUCCAAAUGUGGACUUGGACCCGCUGACAUGUCUGCUGUUGUGAAUGUAUUGAAGCAUGCACCUAACCUCAAUACACUAUUAAUAACCCAUAAUGAUAUUGGUUUGUUUGGCUGUAAGGAAGUUCUAACAUUGUUGCAGAAUUUUGGCAAUAAACUUACUAAAUUGGACCUCACAUUCAACAGCAUAGGAGAUGAAGAAGCAAAGUACAUAUGUGAGGCACUUAGACAUGAGAAUUGUAAACUUACUCAAUUGGACCUUACAACCAACAACAUAGGAGAUGAAGAAGCAAAGUACAUAUGUGAGGCACUUAGACAUGAGAAUUGUAAACUUACUCAUUUGAACAUGAGUGAUAACUAUAUGGGAGAUGAAGGAGCAAAGUACAUAGGGAAUGAAGGAGCAAAGUACAUUGGUGAGGUACUUAGUCAUGAGAAUUGUAAACUUACUCAUUUGAACAUCAGCAAUAAUAAUAUAGGAGAUGAAGGAGAAAAGUACAUAUGUGAGGAACUUAGACAUGAGAAUUGUAAACUUACUCAGUUGGACAUCAGCUUUAAUUAUAUAGGGGAUGAAGAAGCAAAGUACAUAGAAAAAGUGGUAUUUCUAACGUCUGAGCAGUUCAGGGAUUUCGCGAUACUUGUAUAG